UUCCGAUGCCCCGAGUGUCAGGCAGAAAUCGAUUUACCAGAGGGAAAUCGCUUCGACCUUUUGCCCAACAGCUUUUUUCACAAAAGUCUGUUAGGUGUCCUUGAAGCGGAAGAUUGCCAGGCCAUUUCGAGGCAACAACAGGAGACUUGCUUGCAACAUACGGAAGAAAGACUGCGAUAUUACUGCUCUACGUGUGAGGCGAGUGUUUGUCCAGUUUGCGUCACCGAAAACCACCGAGGCCAUGCGUUUGACUUGCUUGAAAAAGCAGUGCAAGAGGAGAAGAAAAACAUCAUGUCGACCGUCGAGACCAUCAAGGAAAAGGCAGACUUGUUUCGAGCAGAGUUAAGAAAAUUAGAGAAAACAUCAGAGGAUGUGGAAAUGAUUAUUGCAAUCGCUAAACAAGAAGUGUCGGAGGCAACGGAACGUAUAAUCACAAAGACGCGACAACAAGAAAAACAGCUCUUAGAGUCUUUAGAAAUGACGCGUAGGAGGAGAAUAAAGCGAAUCAACUCGGCUAAACAAGAACUGGAAUCUCUAGUAAAACAAAUGAAUGAAGCAGCCGACUUUGCGGAAAACCUGGUGCAGAGAAGAUCAGCUGCAGACAUCCUACAGAACAAAAACAAAUUGAGGGAGAAACUUGAAGAGUUUCAUGGAGUUGAAGUUCCAAAACAUCGCCAGGCUACAUUUGUCAAAUUUACCGCCGCAUCGCAACACAACUUUAAACUGGGUUCUAUUCAAGUCUCCGAGAAGCCGCCAAUCGCAGCUAAAUCAACUUUAGAAGGACUAUAUCAAACUUUUCAGGCUGGUGUAGAAGCAAAGUUUACGUUGUGCCCACGGACAUCUGGAGGGGAGAUGAGUGACCACGAUGAUCUCAAAGAUCAAGUCGAAUUGCUACUAAAACCCGCCGAAGAUGUGACAAACGUGACUGUUGAUGAGGAGUACGACGGAAAUGUUAGCCUAAAGUUUACUCCCAAAGUACCUGGAGCCUACAGCAUUGAAGUGAAGAUUAAUGGCGAUAAACUACCGACCUGUCCAAUGAUUGUGCAGGUAAAAGAACGUGAACUUGUUGUGGUCGGUGAUGAGUUGAAGUUAAAGCUCUUUCCAGGGGACAAGUUUGAACGGUUAUAUGGCAUUGCUGUGAAUACAGAAGGCCAGAUAGUUGUGACAGAUAACUUUGGCCACUGUGUUUAUGUUUUUGAUAAAGAUGGCAACUGUUUGAGAAAAACUGGAGGCGAGGGUAGCAAUACAGGACAGUUUCAGUACCCUCGUGGCAUUUCGUUUUUUAAUGACAACGAAGUCCUAAUUGCAGACCUAGGGAAUUGCAGAAUACAACGACUUAAUAUUCAGACAGGAACUGUGGUGAAAAGUUUUGGAAAAUUCGGUAAAGAGAAAGGAGAGUUAGGUAAUCCAGUAGACGUUACUGUGGAUGAUGUAGAGCGUAUUAUUGUAACCGAGAGAGAAAAUAAUAGGAUACAGGUAAUGUCAAAGGAAGGAGAGUCUAUUUUCACAUUUGGAGACAAAGGUCCAGAGAAACUUCAUGGUCCAAGCUGCUGCGUUCUUCACAAAAACAUGUUUCUCGUAUCUGAUAAAGAAAAGCACUGCAUAAAAGCUUUUGAUCAGUCAGGAACAUUCUUAUACAAGUUUGGCAAAAAAGGGAAUCAAGAUGGACAAUUUAACUUGCCGCGUGGUUUACUUGUAGACAGCUCCAAUAAUCUUCUAGUAUGUGACACUGACAAUUACCGAGUUCAAAAGUUUUCUUUAGACGGUCGCUUCACCGGCAAAAGUAUCACUCGAUUAUCUAAGCCUAUGGCGAUAACAAAAGCACCAGACGGGCGUAUUCUUGUUACUAGCCAUGAUCAGAAAAAAGUGUACAUUUUGAAAUAGACUCUUUCAAAAGUGAACUUUGCUUCUUAAACCACUCCUUACCUGUGUUUUGUUUUACUUUUAAUACUGUUUUAUCAUUUGUCUGGAAGAACUCUUAGAUAAUAUCAAGACUUACAAUUACACUUGGAGACAAAAACCUUUUGACUUGAAGUAGUUCAAGCCGCUUUAAUCUUCUCCAUCCGUCGUCACUUGGCCAUCCAUGUUUCUUCUUGGUUUAUUAAUAUCCUCUUUAAUAGCUAUUUCUCUGAUCUGAAGUUUUAUUUGGUUUUUUUUUUAAGGUCAAGGUAUUUCUGUGCAUCGUCGACAGCGAUUUGAAUAAUCUAAAGUAAGAAAUUGAGAGAGAAUCCUCAAAAAUAUGUAGUGUAACAGAAAAACUACAUGCUGUAUAUAAACAUUCAACGACUUCGACUAUUUUAUAGGCUGAGAAUAUAUAAGUAGAACACGUUAAGACCAUGUGCUGCUUUUGGCAAUCACUGAUUGGUCAGGACAGAUUAAGUGCAGGUUUUUCAAUCUAAGAAAAUAUAUCUUUAAGUAAGCUUUAAUUCAAGAACAAUUUACGAUUGCAUAAUUUCACAUGUAUGAGUAAUAAACAAGCACAAGAA